AUGGCCAUUUUCAACUUCUAUCCAACGCGAAAGUACGAGUACGUCUGGCUGAAUAUCUUCGGCAUGAUUGGCCUGCACUUGGGUGCCGCCCUUGGUUACCUGCUCGUUCCUCGAGCCCAGGUGGCCACUCUCAUUUGGGCGUAUGCGCUGCUGUUGCUGGGCACACUUGGAGUGCAGGCUGGCGCUCAUCGACUGUGGUGUCACAAGUCUUACAAAGCCAACUUUGGCGUUCGCCUCUUUCUCUCGCUUUGCCACGUGCUGGCGCUGCAAAACGACGUCUACGAGUGGAGCAGAGACCACCGGGCCCACCACAAGUUCGCCGACACUGACGGCGACCCUCAUGACUCCUCGAAGGGCUUCUUCUUCAGCCAUGUGGGCUGGCUUCUGGUGAAAAAGCACCCCGAGGUGAAGCGACGCGGUGCCACCCUGGACUUAAGUGACCUGCUAGCCGACCCGAUUGUCUCCUUCCAGAAGACCUUCUACAUUCCGCUGGUGGCGAUCUUCUGGGGCGCCAUUCCCACCUUUGUGCCGGUACUGUGCUGGGGCGAGGACUUUAUCGUCGCCGGCUCGGUGUGCGUCUUUGCCCGCUACGUCACAUCGCUCAAUCUGACCUGGUUUGUCAACAGUUGGGCGCACAUCUACGGCUACAAACCCUACGACCAGAAACUGGCCGCCGUCGAGGCCUCCAUUCGCCAUCUGCUGAUGGGCGAAGGCUUCCACAACUACCACCACGCUUUUCCCUGGGACUACUCGGCCAGUGAACUAGGACCGGCGGACGUCUUCAACCCUGCAACAGCUGCCAUCGACUUCUUCCACUAUAUGGGCUGGGCAUGGGACCUGAAGAAGCCGUGCCCACGCCAAGGUGCGCCUGAAAGACGUCCGCCUGCUGCACCACCGCCCACACUGUCGUCGGUGGGUGGUAGGCUAGGGUUGCGAAGUGGCCCAUAA